AUGUGGAACCUGGAAGACCACCGCGCAGUCGUUCCUCCCGUGGAACUGCAGCAUGUGCGCGACGUCGUGUAUGCAUGCCGCGAAUAUGCAGCAGCCUCACCUAGUGCUGUAGGAUUUGGCCUAUAUGCAUAUCAUGCUCAUGACGAACAAAACCUAACUCCUCUCAACAUCAUGUAUGUAUCACCUGCUGUGGCGAGAGACCGGGCCAAGUUUCUCAAGAAUGGAGGCGGCGUGAUUUCGGGCUGGUAUGUGGUCGUACAGCCCCCCAUGCCGUUCUUGGUUAAGAUAACUAUGGUAAACGGUCGAAGACCGGAAAUACCGCAAAAGGACAGUUUUCUAGCUUUUCUGCAUGUGGAUGAACAUAAUGCGAAUUACCAUUACCGCCUUCACUACACUUUCAGCCGAUUCACGGAAACUACAGCUAAAAUGAUACUAAAAAAACGAGAAGAGGUCGAGCCGGGGGUGUUUAAUUUUUGCGGCCAACGGUUUUCAUUCGACAGGGCGCCUACAACCGAGCAAGACGAUGGAAAAGGGGCGCACUCCUUUGCAGGGUCGAUACGGCUUCAAGUCCAGGUUGGAAAAAUCAAGGCGCUCCCAGUGUCUAGCUCCUUUCUAAACUGGAGAGCAACCAAAGAAAAGGAAGAUAGAAAGGUUCACGCAAAGACCGCCGCAAAGGAAGGCAAAAGCGUUUCCGUGUCUGCGAGUGGCCCGACAGAGACGAAGAUUUGUCACAGAGACGAGAUGCCAAAGGACUACGUAGGCGAUCGAGAAGACUUGCCGGAAGCGACAAUAGUGUUGCAUGUUCGGGAACGGAAUUGGAUGUGGUCUCGGUCGUUGGUUGAUGAUGACGGCGAACCGAUGACGUUUGCAAAGUAUGAUGAGUUCAUCAAAUCGGAUGAGGCGGAGAAAAAGAGCCAGAAGAGACGGGCAGAUUCGGUCAUUUUGGUGAGUGAAACUAAAAAAAAAACGAAACGCAGCUGCGCCCGUGCAAACGAUACUACUGAAACCAUAGACUUGACAUGA